AUGACAGAAACAUAACAAUUAGAAGAGUUUACAAUUUAUGGAAUUUAAAGUGAAUUCAGUGCAAGAGGUUAAAUCAAAUAUGAGGAUUUGAGAUUGCUUAUAUCCGAUUAUAUGUAGAUGCAACCUAUAUUUUUCCUUGUAAUUUAAAUUUUAGAGGAAGAACAUAAAAUUUAGAUAGUUGAAAAGAUCAAAAUUGAUAUUUAAACUAUAUUCUCAACUUUUAGAUCACUAUCUUUUUUACAUGAAGUUCCAAGGGUAUUUAACUUAUUUUCAAUUUCAGUUUCUAAAUGGACGUUUAACACACCUUAAUGUUCGCAAUAUUAAAGCAGCAAUUUAACUAUAUCAUGACGGACUUCUUACGUAAUUACUUAAGGUUUAUAUAGAAUGAAGGAUAUCAAAGAUGCUUGUCUUAUAUUUCAUCUUAGAGAGUAGGAAUUAAUGAGUGAAGGUGUACCAUGUAAUGCAACUGAAAUUAACAAUUUAUUAUGGGUAUAAUUAUAUAAAUAUUUCUAGGCAAUAGGAAAAGCUAUUAGUAGUAGUGUCUUAGAAGAAUGGAUUAAGAGAUGCACUGAUUUUCUUUAGAUUAAGGGAUUCAUCUAAGAAUUUGAAUUUCUCUAUCUGAUGGCCAAUACAGUUGAUAGAUGGGCUUAUUAUGAGAAAAUUCCAAAAACAAAGAUGGAUUUAACUAGAGAUCCAAAAAUGGUUUAUAUUAUUUAUAUUGCAAUAGGAUAAUCUCUAUGUUGUUGAUUAGACUGGUUAUAAAACUGCCAAGAAUCCAGAUGCUAAAAUUUAGCAUUAUAUGAAUUAUCAAUAUAAUAUGGAUAAGGCUGUAUUUAAGGGGAGAUCUUUAAAAGAUAGAAAUGAAUAUUACAUUUAAAAAAGAACUCAAAAACAUUAGUAAUUCUUAAAAAAUAAGGAUGCAGGUAUUGGUGAGUUUAAGAAACUCUUAAGAGAUCCUGAAUUAUAUGUUGAAAUAAAAUCUAAAUUAAAAAAUGCUUAAUAAAUAUUGAAUCAUUCUAAAUUAAAUGGAAAGAUGUUAAGAGUUUAAUUAUUAGAAGAAUUUGCAGGCUCAAAAGAACUAUUACAUAAUUAACAUAAUAAAUAAUUAUAAUAAGAGGAAUCAAGGAAAAGCAUACCAACAAUAAAAUAAUUAAAAGAACAUCCAUAAUUUUAGAAAUAGACAUAAAAAAUAUAGAUAUCUGAAGCUAUCGAUGAUAUUAGAUUAGAUGUUUAAUAACAUAAAAAAAUGAUGUAAGAUCCUGCUUUUAUGACUGAAUAUUUAUAAAGAACAUCUAGUGCAGUAAGUACAAAGGCAUCAAUUAGACGAAUUUAAAGUGGAAAAUUAGGAGUUUAAUCUUAAUCAUCAUUAAGACCAUCAACUGCUUUAAUAAUGCCAACGCAUAAUAAAAUUUCAAGACCCAUUACAUCAAUCAGUAAUUAAGAGUAUUAAAAACCUAGAUUAUCAUAAACAAAGGUUUAAUAAUAAAUAUUUAGUAUUUUUAGAUUCCAUAAAUUUUGGAUGAAGAAAUUGAAAUAUUUGAAAAUGAACAAUAAGAUAAAAAGAAUUAGAAUACUGUUUUUUAUGGUUCAUCGAAUUCAACUAAACGUUUAUUUAACAUAGACUUACCAUGGCAUCAUAAACCAUCGUUAUAAAUUUGA